GCGGAUCUCGCGGGUAUGGGGAGUGGACAGCUCUAUUGAUUCGUUCCCUAUAACACUCGCGGCUGCGGGCUUGGGACCGACUGGCUUUUUUGUUACUUUUACGCUUGUGAACAAAAAAACCCAAAACCAAAAUGUCCUCGGCUGGUGUGCUGUCCCCUGCAGCUGCGGCGCCUGAUUACUACGAGGAAGACGAGCUGGAGAGUGUGGAGGAAGAAGAUGACCGGAGCUUCAGGGGCAGGGAGUCUGAUGAAGAUACAGAAGAUGCCAGUGAGACUGACGUAGCUAAACAUGACAAUGUGGACUAUGUGGAAAUGAAAGAACAGAUGUAUCAAGACAAACUGGCUUCUCUAAAGAGACAACUCCAGCAGCUUCAGGAAGGUACCCUACAAGAGUACCAGAAACGAUUGAAAAAGCUAGAUCAACAGUAUAAAGAAAGAAUACGAAAUGCUGAGCUUUUCCUGCAGCUAGAGACUGAGCAGGUAGAAAGAAAUUACAUCAAGGAGAAGAAAGCGGCUGUUAAGGAAUUCGAAGAUAAGAAAAUUGAGCUGAAGGACAACUUAAUGGCAGAGCUUGAUGAAAAGAAGAAAAUGAUUGAAAAUGAGAAAAUAACAAUGGAACUGACUGGAGAUUCCAUGGAAGUGAAGCCUAUUAUGACACGAAAAUUAAGAAGAAGGCCGAAUGAUCCAGUGCCAAUUCCCGACAAAAGAAGGAAACCUGCUCCAGCUCAGCUAAAUUAUCUGCUGACAGAUGAACAAAUAAUGGAGGAUUUGCGAAUUUUAAACAAGUUAAAAUCUCCCAAGAGACCUGUAUCACCCUCAAGUCCGGAACAUCUUCCAACCACACAGAAUGAAUCCCCUGCCCAACGAUUUGAAGCACGCAUAGAAGAUGGAAAGCUAUACUAUGAUAAGAGAUGGUACCACAAGAGCCAAGCUAUAUAUCUGGAAUCUAAGGAGAAUUCCAAACUCAGCUGUGUCAUCAGUUCUGUGGGAAAUAAUGAGGUUUGGGUAAGAAAGAGCAGUGACAGCACCAAACUCAGAAUUUACCUGGGCCAGUUACAGAAGGGUCUGUAUGUGAUCAGGAGACGUUCAGCGGCGUGACAUACAUCACCCUUAAAGAGAAUGUUGGACCCUAUUAACAUCCAGUAUCACUGGCAAAAUAGAUAUUUGUGAACAUUAAAGUACUGGGGUUAGAAUUUGCCAUGGAUGUCUUUUGCUAGAACCAUUUUUGGACCACCCUGUAUUUGAUGAGUGCUUCAUUUCCAAGGAAUCACAGAAAGUCAUGAGAAUGCAAAGAAUGAUCUUCAAACAAUCCUUCCCCAAUGGUAUGCCGUCUUCAGUAAUCAUUGCCACUUCUAAAGCCACCAACAUGCCUUCACCUCCAAGAGGAUAUUUAUUGAAAUUCUAACAGUUACGAAAAUGUCGGCUGCCAUUGUUGGUGCUGUGUUGCAUGAUUAUUUACAGGAGAGGGUCAGUCUGUUACUUUUAGUUUUGAGCCAAAUGUUUAACUUUCACUUUUAAACAUGCUGUCUUAUUAGAGCAAGCCAUCACAAAGGCCAAGACUCCAAAAUGUGUUGUUAUUGAGUACAAGGUUGCUUUAUUUGCAAUGAUCCCAGCUUGUUUUAAGGCUAUGGCACACCAGGUGUUGUGCCCUUUCUUGAGGUGAACCAUGGCAGCUAUCAAUUCCUUCCCUGUCUGCUUGUCAUCUUCCUCUUCAUAUGAAUGGGGAAUGCACUGCUUAGUUGGCAAUGGCUGUCAAGCAGUCAUCACUGCGGAACAGUCUUUUUGGAGUUGCAAAAUUAUCCCCAUCUUAUGGAAGGAGAUCAAGGAAGACUGACAUGGUUGUCCUGAGAACACUGUAAUGAGGCCCUGUGGGCUAUAUGCCAUGACCAGUUGCGUAACGUACAAUUCAUUGGCAUAAAGCUUAUGGAAAAACAACUUACCAUAACAUAAUUUUUUUAGUCUAAACGAGCACUCGUAAUCUACUACAUUCAUUGUUUUAAAGAGACAUCCGAUCCAUGCAGCAAACACAGCCAGACAAUGUAUUGCACAACCUCUCUGCUAAACUCGGAGGCAUAAUUCUCAUAUAGUAAAGCUAGAGUUCACCACCUCUCACCAGAGUGAAGUUACGCCAAUCUUUAUACAUAUAUACUAUAUAUCAUUACAUGAAAAUGUUCACCCUUUGAUAAAUACACUUUAUAAACCCCAUAGAAAUGAAUAGGUAAUGGCAGAGUUUCGCUCUGGCAAACUGUGGCAAACUCUAGAUUCACUUUGAUAAAUAUACCCCCAAAUAUCUCAGGAACUAAAUGCAUACCUUUCUGUUAUAAAUUUGCUCUCUUCUAGGAUACUUGGCUUUUAUAUAUCUCAAAGGAAACUGCUUUAAUGAUUAUAUUAGACUUCACUGAAAAUGCUUUCCAUGCUCUCUAGUUUAAUCUCGGUAUAGCAGUGUUUACGGCGCUAUCAAAUGGUUGCACUUUCCCAAGUGUUGCACCAAACAUUAUUUGAAAGACUGUUUAAGAUUGCCGCCUUAUUUCCACUGCACCCUUUAUUUGAAAGUAGAGGAUUUCUUUGAUUCAAAAUUUGUGGAACGUCAUGCUAAUGACUGGUCUUAGUCUUUAAAUAUGAGACGCGUAACAAUUUAGUGAAUUGUGAGAAACUCAGUUUCUGUGGAUUUGUAUAUAUGUUUAAUAUGUUUUUUUUUUAUAGUUUAUAUCCCAGCAUUACAAUUGUUAACUGUACAUUGAAAACAUUAAAUAGGCACAUUGAGUUAUUUACUCACAUA